UACUACCUUCAAGGAGAAGAUGAGACACAAUUUUUCAUUCGGUCUUUCGAUAUCACUUUAUUUGUUCAUCGUGUUGCUUCACAACUUCCUUGACUGCCAAGAUCUCUGUGAACAAUCUCAAUUACUACUUGAUGAGAAAGUAGUUCGUGAAACCAGUUCAUAUAAAUAUUCUUAUAAUAAUUAUUAUGCACAGAGGAUUCGCCUAAAUCAGCCCCAUCCAGUUAUAAAUGGCAAUUUUGAAAAAAUUCUAAAUAAUCAAGUAGGUUUACCAACAUUCCCGUUUCGUUAUUACGGCAAUUACAUCAAUCAUAUUAUUAUUUCCGAUAAUGAAAUAAAAAUGCGCAAAGAAAAGGAAUUCGGAAAAAUUUCAAAUCAUAUAGCAGGCAUUGUAUAUUCCGAUUUCGAGGUUUUGGGAGGAAAUGAAUACAACGCAGUCAGAAUGUCUUUUGAAGGAAAAAUUAACGAUACACAGAUUGUAGCCAAGAUAACCAAUUUGAUAUAUCCGAGUGGGAGAAUAUCUAUCUAUUAUGAGAACAUUUCUAUGGAAAUUGAGGAGAGCAAACGACAAUCGAAAAUCAGCCAUACAUUUGUGUGUGGAUCAAAAGAUAAUACAGAACAUGAAAUAAUUGUACCUGGAAAGUGGAUCGAAUCUAGCACGUUGGUGGAGUAUGAAGUCGUUGGGAAAAUUUGUUCAACGUACAAUUCGAUUAACGCAUGCCAAAACUCCAAAACGUCAAAUGCAGCUUGUAUUUGGUGUGAAAGAAUCAACGUGUGCAUUGAUAGUAAUGAUGAGGAUACUAAUGACUUGAAAAUAAAUGACUGCCGUAUCGAGAAAGUGAUUGCUGAUGUUCAUGAAGAAACUAAACAGAACAAAUCAUCUCUGUACCUAUAUGUCAUCAUACCUCUAGCCAUUUGUCUCUGCCUUCUAUGUAUCGGUUUUCUUAUUGGGAUGGGAUUUCGUAGACGACAAAGAAGUUAUGAAUGAUUCCCAGAAACGUCCAAUAACUUAUUCUUAUUAUUCUGAUCAAGCUGUUUUUCACUGGAAAACUUUAGAUUUAAUUCUUUGUUUCAAUAAUUUGGAGAAUUUUUAUAUGAAACUGUUUACUUUCUUAUGCUUGUUCACGUAAUCACUGAUGUAAUCUGGUUCAUAAAGUAACAAAUAUGGUUUUCAAUUUUUGCAUAAUUAUGUUCAUUAAAUAGAAACUGAAAUGUUUCCUGAGA